UAAGACUGUUCCCAUGUUGAGGUAACCAUUUACUCACCAUUAUCAUUUGGAACAUUCAUCCUAACACAUUGAUUAGAUCAAUGAACAUAAUUAAAUUUCUCGAUGUGAUCAACGUUACAGAGAAUCAACCAUUUUAAUGAUACGAACCGAAAAAGAGAAAGUUUUUUUUAUAAAAUCAAAUUUAAUAAAAAAUUGAACGAAAACAAAAAAGUUAAAAGUUUAUCAACCAAAUUAAAAGAAAAGUUUCUCCAGCAAUUAGUUGAUUAGUUUGUAGUGUGGAAAACAAUUUGCAAGUGAAUUAAAUGUCUAAAAGUAAAUCAAAGUGACCUAAAUGCUAAUAUAAAUUGUGUUAAUUUACUAAGAUAAUUAUUAAUAUUGUAUCUUUGUAAUAAUAGGAAAAUAAUCAUAAUUGAUCAAUUGUUUAAUCAAAAUCCAUCAACGGGAUCAACGACUCAGUGAUUUGAACCGUUUAAUUGUGUCAACACUUAAUCAACUUUAAUUGGAGUUUAAAAUUUAAUCAUAAUUGAUAAUUAUCUUUAAAUAAAUAAUAAUAAUCAAUAAUCUGAUUGUUUUUUCCGUGCAAUGGAAAAGCUCAAAGGAUUAAAAUUAUCAUUGUUAUAUCAUCAAAAGGUUUACUUUUGUAUUAACAUCAUCAUCAUCAUAGUUUUAUAUUGUUGUCAUCCUGUUGUUUCAAGUGAGGAUUUAAUAUCAUCAUUAUCAUCAUCAUCUCCAUCAUCUCCAUCAUCUUCAUCAUCUUCAUCAUCGAAACAACAAUAUUUCAUAAUUAAGCCAAAUGAUAUUGAAAUAAUCGAGGGUGACACCGCUGAGAUUCAAUGUCAUGUUGGAAAUCAAGUCGGUGCCGUCCAAUGGGCCAAAGAUGGUUUACUUUUAGGUUUUCAAUCUUCUAUCCCAGGAAUGCCUCGUUAUCGGAUGAUUUCGGACUCGCCGAUCGGUCAAUACAACUUAAGGAUAACCAGUGUCACCAUUGAAGAUGAAGGUGAAUAUCAAUGUCAAGUUGGACCAGCUCAAAAUCAGCUUCCCAUUCGUGCCUCAUCACAGCUCACAGUAAUAGUGCCACCAAAAAGUUUAACAAUAACUGGAUCCGUGUCACCAGAAAGUGAUAAUUUAAACAUCCCAUUCUCUUCACCAACAUCACCAUCAUCAUCAACAACAACAACUUCAUCAUCGUCAUCAUCACCAUCACCUGAUCAUUAUAUUGUCGAAGCAAAAGAAUCAGAAAAAGUUAUUCUACUUUGUUUAGUUUCUCCAAGUAAACCAUCUCCUCGAGUAAAAUGGUUCAGAAAAAAUAUCGAACUACUUCCAGAGGCCUCUCGAACUCAUCAUAACAAAUCGAUGAUCGCCAAUCGAUAUACUCUUUAUACAACAGAAAGUUCAAUCAUCUUGUAUCCCAAAAGUGAGGGAACUUAUUCCUGUGAGAUUGAACAUCCAGGUCUAUCCAAACCUCUUCGUGCCUCAUCAAUGAUCAACAUCUUCAAUGAACCAGGUCCACCCUUGAUUGAAGGUUAUUCUGAAACAGAAUCAGUUAUCAUGUUAGGUGAUCCUGUUACUCUAACCUGCACCUCUAAAGGCGGUUAUCCACAUCCUCGAGUUUAUUGGCUUCGAAAUGGACUCGAAAUUGAUAAAAGUUACAAUGUUAAUUCACGAUCAGAUGUAAUUAACACCUAUUCUUUUACACCAACAAUUGAAGAUAAUCAAAGUAUAUUUAAAUGCUCAGUAACAAGUAAUUUAACAAUUAAACCAUUAGAAGCAACAAUUAAGUUAAACAUAAACUUUUUACCAUCAAAAGUGACCAUUACUGGACCAAGUGAGACCCGUUUAUAUAAAACGAUUGACCUAAAGUGCAUCACCCGUCCAGGUAAUCCACCCCCUCUACUUACCUGGCUUGUUGAUGGUAAUAUAACCACACCAACGACAAUUGAAACUCAAAACGACCCCACAACCAAUGGAUGGAUUAUAAAAUCAACCUUAACUUAUACAAUUUCAACCCGAACACCAAGUGUCAUCUUUACCUGUAAGGCUGAAGGUAUUUCUCAUCAAAGGAAAAGUAUAUCAACAAACCAUCAAAUCAACAUAAUCUAUCCACCCAAUCCACCAACUUUAACUGGAUAUAAGGAUAAUCUUCCCAUGGAAUCAGGAAGUGUCCAUAAGAUUAAGUGUGUCUCUCUGGGAGGUAAUCCACCUCCUAAUCUUAAAUGGUAUCGACAAGGAAAAGAGAUCAGUACAAUAUCCAGUAUCAGUGGAAGUGGAGUUUCAAAUGAACUUGGAAUCCGACCUGAGAUAGUUGAUAACGGAAUUGAAUACAUUUGCCAAGUUAAUCAUCCAGCAUUAUCUCAACCUUAUUCAAUAUCAUUCACACUCAACGUUAUCUAUUCUGCCAAUAUAAGUGAACCAAUAAAGAUACGCCGAGCAUUUGGUAAAACUGACCAAUGGCCCGCUGAGGGUGAUGAUAAUUUUCAACUCUUAUGUCUAAUAACCUCUAACCCUGAGCCUAGAGUUAAAUGGUUUAGGGGAGACAAUGGACCUCCCAUGGAUUGGUUUAGGGUUAAAUAUAGCCUUGAGUUAAGGUCAGGUCACUAUGUGUCCAUCUUAACGGUUAAUAAUGUUACCCGAAGUGAUACUGGUCAUUAUAGUUGUUCAGCUCAUAAUUCAUUAAACUUGAUCGCCUCCGUCCAAACGAUUUGGGUGCCAGUUGAAUAUUCACCAAAUAUUUUAAUUAAACGUAAUCAACGUAAAAUUGCAGCGGAAAUUAGUUCAGAUUUUGUUAAAUUAACUUGUCAAGCUGAUGGUUAUCCAAUUGUUAACUUUAAUUGGUCAGUUAAUGGUAUGGAAAAUUCAUUUAAAUAUAAAAUAAUUAACGAGACGAUAACAGUUAAUGACAGUAACAUGAUUAACCACAACAACAACAGCAACAAUAUGGUUAAUGUCAAUUCCAGUAAUCAAUCAAUGAUCACCAGUAAUAUAAACAAUGUUAAUUAUCCAGUUAAUCCAGUUAUCAGUUCAAAUAGAUAUCAAAGUAAUUUAAUCAUCUACAAUGUAAUGGAAAACGAUUUUGGAUCUUAUCGUUGUAUUGCCUUCAAUUAUCUUGGUCAAGAUAUUUUUGAUUUUGAAUUGGUCAGAAAAAGUAUUCCGGAAGCUCCAGUUAAUUUAACUCUGGUCAAUGUUACACAUAAUAGUUUGACCAUCUCAUGGGUGCCCAGUUUUGAUGGUGGACAUGAACAAUCAUUCAGAAUUAGAUAUAAACUCAUCAAAAGUGAUUAUUCAUUGGCACCGAUUUCACUGACAUCAUCAUUUGGAUCGUUUUUGACCUCAUCAUCGUCCACAUUGUCAGGGGAACAGGUCAAGUUGUCCUCUGAUUAUUUCUAUGCUUAUCCACCCACAGGGUCAACAGUUUUCACCAUCGACUCAUUAAGUCCAGCGAGUGAAUAUAUAGUAACUAUAUCGAGUCGAAAUAAACUUGGUGAAAGUACAAUUUCGAGGGAAUUUGUUCGAACUCGAACACUUUCCGAUCCAAUUGUUAUCGAUCGUGAUAAUCCAUUGAUGUCGAUUGUUGCUACCGUCGCGGGUGAACGUAAAUCGACCAGUGAGAUCAAAUUAAUCGCUGGAAUGGGAACAACCCUUUUAAUUGUUAUCCUUCUAAUCGGUGGUUCGAUUGGUUGUCUAACGAUUUCAUGGGCCACUCUUAUUUACUAUAAGCGAAACAUUCCCUUUAUAUCGGCCGUUCAGCCCAAUGAUUCAUGUUCAUCGUCCAGUUUAACCGCUUUUACCUCUAAUCAGUCCGGUCAUCAUCAUCUUCAUCAUCGUCACCAUCAUCAUAAUGAUGAAAAUGGUUUAAGUAAAAAGUUAAAUCAACAAUCAACGAUUACAACAGCAAAUAAUUCACAUAACCAGGGAAUCAAAUUUCCCACUGAACUUAGUCAUGAUUCUGUUGGUGGAUCGGUAAAUGGUAAUCCAGUUAAUUGUGGCGGUGGUGGGACAGUCACUUUGACAGACUGUGGGACCAACAUUGAUGUGGGCAGUGGUGGUGGAGGUGGAGGUGGGUUCGUAACUAAUUGUUCAACUAACAUUCCGUUUGUCAUCUCUUCCAAUACUGUGGGAAUUUGUAAAUGUAAUGACAGUUCAACGGCGAUUCCAUUGAUGGUUCUUGAUGAGAAAAUUUCAAUUGCCGAUCUUAAUGAAAAAUGUUACUCAUUUCAAAAUAAUAAGGAAUAUGAAUCAAAGUUAAUGGCUUCAAUUGUUGAAGGUGGACAACAACCCGAUAUAUUGAUGAACCAAAUUAAGGAGCUUGUUAAUCAUGCUGUUUGCUGUGAGAGUGAUUAUAAAUUGGCUGAAGAUUGUGAUGGUAAUAUUCAUACAGUUGCGACAUUGAGACGUAUCCCAAGGGUCAAUAUUAUCGAUGGUGAAUACUCACUGACCACCGUGCCGGAAGAGGAAAUGGAAAUGGAGAUUGUUUAACUUUUUCUCUCUCUCAGGGAGAAAUUUGGAAAUUUUCUAUUGAAUUUGAUUGUUGGUAAUUAUCAUUGAUUCUCAUGGGAAUCAAUCAUGAUGAUGAACUUAUUUGAUUUACCACCAUGAUGAUUAUGAUGAUGAUAACAGUUAAUCAACAUUGAUAUCGAUAUCAAGGUGAUCAUCAUUUACUAUUAUUAUCAAUUGAUUCAAUCAUCAAGUAAAAAAAAAAGAACAUUUCGUUGGAUUAUCAAGAAGGGUGAUCAAGGUGACAAUCAACGGAAUAAUCUGGAUAACGAGACAAGAGAAACAACAACAAACAACACACAAGAAGGAGGAGGAGGAGGAGGUGGAGAGAGAGAGAAAAAG